AGAGAGUAAAUUGACAUUGAGAUUUUGAGGCAGUGUGUUAAACCCUGGAAAGAAGAAGCAAAGCGUUGAAGUUGAAUUGAAGCACAAAACAAACAAACACUAUUUCGUUUCCAUGUUCUCUCUCGCCAAACGCCUUCACUCCCACCACACACUCACACCCUUCCUUUUUCGCGGGUCCCACCAACUCCGCUCCCCACGAACCGAUUCCUCUCACUCCAGACGCCGUCCCAAGUCUCCGCCUCUUCCUCUCAAGAAAGCCGAAGAGAGGUCGGAAUGGUGGAUCGUCGACGGCGAAAUGCAUGAAAUUGGCGAUCACGUGCCUCCACGUGAGAGGUUCGUGAUUCCCCGAGAGAAUAUUCCUAACAAGCGACGCAAGCAGUUGAGGGAACAGUUCAUGCGCAAGACUCGCCUCGUUCUUAAGGAAUCUGAGCACGAUCCUUGGUGCAAAAGAUAUAUGGAACUAUAUAAUGAACUUCGAGAAAACUGGGAGAGACUUUAUUGGGAUGAGGGGUACUCUAAUAAGCUUGCUCGGGAUCAUGCAAACUACGAGUCUGCUGAAGAUGAUGAUGGUGAUUUCUCUCCUUACAGGAAUAGAAGGCCCCAGAUGGAAUUUACCAAGGACGAGAAUUUUGGUAGAAACAGACAAUCUGAUACUUGGGAGAAAGUUAACCUUAUUCGCGAUAAAUUUGAGUACGAUAGAGAGAGAAGAAUGAGGGAGAAAGCAUUUGCUCCCAUGCAUGGAGGAUCUGUGGCUGACUCUCGCGAUUCAGAAGGCUGGAACCAACCACUAAAUACAGAUCGAUAUUUUAGCCAAACCGAAGGAUAUCAAGAGGAGAAGAAAUAAGCUGUGCCUGCCAUUAUGCAAAAGAGGUAGGAUAGUUUUCAAUAUGACAGCAGUUUCAGAAAAAUGUUGACAGAGAGAUUAUAUAAAUGUUUUUGGUUUAAAGCUCCUUCAAUUAGGAAGGUGAAAGGCAGGAAUAUGGUAAUGUAUUAAUGCACUGACCUUUGCUCUACCCUCUCUUCCCCAAAGGUAGAUCAUUGUGACUUGUAAGAAAAUUUGAAGUAACUUUAUCUUGAUGAGGAUAUUGUAACUAUUAAACUCAUUUAAUAUCUAGUGUGUAGAUAUUCUUUUUGUAAGCACAUGCUCAUGAAAACAUGGUUUUUCAUUUUCAAAGUCA